UCUUCUCUGCUUUAUCUUCCACUUCUAAAGAUCCCUCCUUUAAUUUUCUUCACACCAUUUCUUGGACAAAUUCACCAUGGAAGAACAAACUAAUGAUGUUGAGGAUAAAGACUUGAAAUACAUGAAAAUAGCAGUUGAAGAAGCAUACAGAGGAUUUGAAUGUGGUGGAUAUCCAUUUGGUGCUGUUAUUGUUCGUAACAAUGAAAUAAUUGUCAGCUGCAAUAACAUUGUUAAGAGCACUAAAGACCCAACUGCUCAUGCUGAACUUACUGCCAUUAGAGAGGCCUGCAAGAAGCUUGGCAAAAGCACACUCAAAGACUGCGAAAUUUACGCUUCAUGUGAGCCAUGUCCGAUGUGUUUUGGUGCCAUCUAUUUCUCAAAAAUGAAGAGGCUGGUGUAUGGAGCCAAAGCUGAAACAGCAGCUGAAGCUCAGGGUUAUGAACCUUUCAUUAGCGAGCCCUUAAGAGAAACUGGCAUGCAUCAAAAGGUUUAUACGGAGAUCAUAAAGAUUGAGGGCACUGGUGCUAAAAUUGCAGAUCAACUUUAUGAAGAUACCAAGAAAGGAAAAUCAAAGUAAAUGAUGAUUUUACUUUAAGAAUGAGUAUUUUCUUGAAGAGUAACAUCUUUUCAGGUGAAGAAUAAAAAAAAUACAAAGAUUGUUGUGAUUCUUACAUUAUCAAUAUUAUUGAAAUAUUUGAUUCCA